AGUUUCCAGAGCAUCACAUCUCAAAUGGAUAUGGUUUCAAGAUCGCCACUUGCACUGGUAACCUACUGUAUGCGUAAUGUGAUCUAUGCUUUGCUUUCCUAGGCGAACCCAGUACUUCAAUGUGGACUAACAAUCGAAUGCAGGACAAUCGAGGCAUGGGCCACCCUUAUCCUCCACAACCUUUGCCAUCAGCUAAUACCCCAUGGCAAAGUACAGGUGGAGUCCUGCCUGAUGGCAGGCAAAUGCUCGCUGGUUGGAGGCCACCCACAGCUAUGGCUAAUGGUGUAACAUCUGCAACUCCGGGAACGUCAUUGGAACAAAAACGAGAGUCUGUUGAAGCGGACCAGAUUGACAGCAAUAAUUACAGAACGCACGAAUUGCCCAAUGAGAGAAAAGGUAUUGAAGAUACGGAUAAAGAUAGCAGUAAGAGUGGUGUUGGUGAGCAUAAGGGAACAGGUAUGUAAUAGUAUUGUCAAACUCAUCAUGGCUUCGAUUCCCUGAACACUUGGAAAAAUAGUGAAAUCCAUGCCAUGGAAAUCAUAUUUGCACCACUAAUCUAUAGUAUAUCCAACUUUUCCAUACAAUAAACAUGCCAGUGCAAGCUUCUUUGAAUAAGGGGAAUUUGUUCGCGGCAAUGUAUCGCGGACAAUUUGUUCGCUAACCCACUUGAAAUCUGACUUUCCAUUAUUCCCACAAUCUUUUUGAAUGUUUACGUUGAUUUUGUUGCUGUAUUGGCGUGUGCGUAUGUAUGUUUGCGAGUGAAUGAAUAUGUUUUGAGUUGAAUUACUUCUAUUGUUCUCUUUCGUUGUAUAUCGUAAACAGUCCACUUUCAGCAGUUUGUAUAAGUAAUAGUAUGGUUUCGAGUGUGAUUUGGGAACAACAUGCACAACGUGAGCUUUUGAAAGACAAUCUUGAAGUCUUUGAAAGACUCACGAGUGUAUGUUUAUCCAAAUUGCUCGAGAAACUAUACUAUUACUUAACAUCACAUGCGAAAUAGACAAUUUUAAUAUAAACAAUUUUAUUAGCUUGGUUUUAAUCAAUUAAUUAUUUAAAGUGUGUCGAAAGAGAAAUAUAGACGAUAUGUCUUCGAAAAGCACUGUAUUUCGAAAAAAAUUGCACUGCUCUAGCUAAUCAGGAUUGAGAAAUUUCAUGUAUAUUAUUAACCUUGUUAGGUGAAAAUCAAUUGUAAACUCUCCCUGUUCUACAUGCUUUAUAUACACCGUUAUAUUUCGAACAUUGCACAAUGAGGGAUUUACAAAAAAUACGAAGGGGUUUAAUCAUAUAUUACAGUUUAUUUCAUAAUGAUUCAGACGUUAAAUAAGGUUUCCAAGAUUUAUUUGAUAUUAAUUCAUUGCAGGUCUAAUAAAAACUCCCGGGAAUCCGCCGAGUGAAGACGAUCUCCGUUUUCCAUUUAUCAUGAAGCAAGGUAGACAACAGAAUGAGCCCAAUCCAUAUCCGUCCAUACAAACACAUAAUCCCGCAAUGACCAAAUUACACAAUCCUAGUGUUUUAGAGGGCGUCGGUAGUCCAGUUGGAAUAGAAAGUCAGCGGGUUAAAACUCCACCAGUGACUAUUGAAUCGGGUGAGGGGAAAGUUUUCGUUAACCUGACCUCGAAAGUUAAUCAACCACGCGUCGGAGAAAAACGGAGCAACCCGUAUAGUGUUUCCAGUUUAAUGGCCAACGACGAACAACGUACGAAGCGUUCCGAACACGAACAGUUAAAAUUUUCGGCAUUGUUACAAGAAAUGUCUCAAGGUCGACGACCAGAGCAUUUAGUCAAUCUUCAAACAACCGAUGCAUCCGCGCAGUUCAUGGACUUAAAUAAUACCCGCAAUCAACUUUCGUCUUCAUUAAUUAGACAGUCGCAGACUGAAAGAGGAGCUGGGCUUGGAACCCCAGGAGCGUCCCAAGCUCAAUCAAUGGGUGCUAGUUACCCCAAGCCUGCACAGGGAAUUCAAUCACCGCUAAACUGUCCUACUGGUAUUUCGUCGUUAAUGAACAUGAGAUCCCCGGGGAACAUGUUAAACCAAGAAAGAACUGGGUUUAACCCACGAACUAUGUACCCGGGGUAUCCUUCGCACGGAGAAUUUCAACGUCAGCAAAUGAUGCUAUUACAGCAGCAGCAGCAACAACGACAAAUGAUGCAACGUGAGAAUUAUCAUAUGGCAGGUUCAAUGAUGGCAAAUGGUAUACCAAGAAACAUGCCACCCGAAUAUGCUUAUUAUACACAGAGACCGAUGUUUGGUGCAAUGAUGGAGCAGUAUAAAAAUGGUACAAGACCGCCUACUAUUGAUGGUAAGUUGGAAACUAGGCUUGAGAAAGAGAGCGAGAAAUAUGGGCUUGUAUACAGAAAGCUAACACAAUGCAAUUCUGGUCAAUUCCUAAUAAAUCAUCUGUUCAAACUGAACACAGAAAUACACGCUUCUGUAAAUUGCUCUCUUUGGCUUUGAGCCUCGUUUUCGUGAUUGAGACGUUGGUCUUUGAUUAAUUAUUUAAAGUCAGUAAGAAUUGCUCUUUAAAUAUAAUCCAAUAGGAUGAAAUGACGAAAAACAGACAAAUUAACAAUGACAUGUCAUUGAUCAAAAAUCUUGGCUAUUUUUAUUUACACGCUUAAUCGGAAGAACAUUUGUGGAAUAAUAAAUGCAAAAUUCUUCGUUUUACCGCCUGAUUUUUCACAUUUAAACAUGUACUUUUGGAAAGAAGCGUUAUUGUUUCUGAAAUUCUGUAUGGAAGAGCCUGGGAACGAGGUUGGAGCCAAGAACGUAUUCAAGACGUAAUUAUCGAAAAGGUGUAUUAAGAAGAAUCAGAGUAAACUUUUUAAUUUCAAUUUUUUUUUAGAUUUAACUAGCAAGAACUCGCGAGUGUCGUGACAAAGACUGAUAUGACCUGCUUUCAUUCGUCUCCAAGCAUCUCGCGUGUCGAUAACACAAUGCAGUUGACCAGAAUACGUCAUCCGUCUAUGCAAAUUCUGACGCUAACAGCGAAUCAAACAUUCACAAAUACAUUCAAGUUUUCUACACAAUUGAUUUAUAAAUCAAUCUUUUAACAUCUUUGGGUAAUAAAAUAUUCAGAACUAGGUAGAGUUGUACAUUUAUUGUUGAACUUCU